AUGCCGUUUGGUGACCUCUUAGACCAGGUGGGGGGCACAGGACGCUUCCAGAUCCUGCAUGUGACCCUUCUCUGCAACAACUCACACUCACCAUUGAUGGCACCAAUGUGGUUAUAUGAAUCUUCAAGAUGGUUAGCUUUGAGAAAUAAGCCUGAACAAGCCGUCAAGAACCUUAAAAGGGUGGCCAAAUUUAACGGACGGCACGAAGAGGGAGAACAAAUCGACAUUAAAAUGCUGCAAGAGUCCAUGAAGAAAGAGAUUUCCUGUUCGCAGGGCUCCUACUCUGUUCUGGAUCUGUUCCGCACACCAUCAAUGAGGACCAUGACAGUCUUCCUCAGUGCUGUCUGGUUCUCAACAAGUUUUGCCUACUAUGGUAUUGCUAUGGAUCUGCAAAAGUUUGGAGUGGACAUCUACUUAAUCCAAGUGAUCUUCGGAGCUGUUGACCUCCCUGCUAAACUCAUCAUUUGUGUGUCUAUGGAUUUUAUUGGACGGCGUAGAUCACAAUUUGGUGCUCUCAUCAUCUCCGGAGUCGCUAUUUUGAUCAACCUGCUUGUACCUUAUGAUAAACAGACUGCACGCACCUGUCUGGCUGUACUGGGUAAAGGUUGCCUUGCUGCCUCCUUCAACUGCUGCUACCUUUACUCUGGAGAACUGUACCCAACCAUCAUUCGUCAGAAUGGCAUGGGCUGGGUAUCCAUGACGGCUCGUGUUAGAGCCAUGGUGGCCCCUAUGGUGCUUCUCACAGCCGACUUCAUACCUUGGCUACCGGGUUUAAUCUACGGGGGAGCUGCGAUUCUCAGCGGAGUAGCUGCAAUAUUUCUUCCAGAAACACUUGGCUUACCCCUUCUUGACACAAUACAAGACGUGGAGGACAGGGAUCUGGGAGAAUCUCUGAAAUGCCACCAAAGGAAACAGACACCCAGGCGAAUCUCCUACAGCAGGCUGCCUGAGGGCAUCUGUAUGUACUCCUGA